AUGGCGAAGAAAGGGAAAGCCCCACGUGCGACAACAGCGAUUGCACGACCGCAGGACACUGACCGAUUCGAUGCUGAAGAAACUUUUGACGAUUCUGAGGAUGACUUCUUCCGGGGACGAGACAAAGUCAUGCUGGACGAAGAGCCCGCCGCGAAGAGAAGGAGAAGACUAGAAGAGCAAGAGCGACAUCUACAGCCAUCCGACGAGGAAGUAUAUCUCGACCGCGCCGAGGAAUCUGAGGAUGAGGAUGAAGCACACAACGCCGCGGAAGAGGGGGAAGAAGACGACACCUACUGGGGAACAUCGAAGGCAGACUAUUACAAUGCCGAUGUCAUCGAGACUGAAGCGGAUGCCCUUGAGGAGGAACAAGAGGCGCGGAGGCUGCAGGAGAAACAGCUCAAGGCCAUGACUGAAGCGGAUUUCGGGUUUGACGAAAGUGUCUGGGCCGGUGACAGCCAGACGGAGAAGAGGCCAACCGUCGAGCGUUUACCUGAACUGCAAAUACCGGACACUGCGACCGACGAUGAGCGGUUGAAGAUCCUCAAGUCGAGAUACCCUGAGUUCGAACCUUUGGCGAAAGACUUCCUGGAGUUGCAAUCUACAUACCAGUUACACAAGAAACAGGCGGAAUUGGAACAGCCAGAGGAUGGUCCCACUGUCAAAUUCAGAGCCUUGUCUGCGUACCUCGGUUCAGUUGCGAUGUAUCUUUCGCUGCUCACGUCUACCAAGAACGGCUUGGCACUUCCUCCGGGAGAGCUACGCCAGCAUCCGGUCAUGGCGAACCUCGUCCGGUGUCGGCAGCUAUGGCAGGAAGUAAAGUUCUUGCGCAAGAUCGACAACCAGGCGCAGGAAAGCCACAUCAGGGACGAGGUACCUGAAGCAAUGGAGAAGACACCGCCAACACCCGAGAGGAAGAAGAAGGCGGAGGAGGGCAAGAAGCGGAGUUCGCCCCGACCGGACCCUGUAUCACCAGAACCUCAAACUGCAAGCAACAAACGGAAGAGAGAAAAUAGAGCGAAACAGAACGACCUCCAACAACUGCUCGCCGCGUCACUGAAGAAACCAACUGAGGCCGAAUCAGAUUUUGGCGACGAAGCGCCUCUGACCCUCGAAGAAGCUGAAGAGAAGGCUCGGCGGAAGAAGAGUCUACGAUUCUACACAUCUCAGAUCGUGCAGAAGGCAAACAAGCGAGGGGAAGCAUCGCGACAGGCGGGCGGUGACGACGAUGUGCCGUACAAAGAACGCAUACGAGACAAACAGGAGCGGUUGAUGCGGGAAGCCGAGCAGAGAGCACGAUCCAGCGCAAACAAAGACGAGGCUCUUGGCACUGACGAUGAAGGCUCGGACCGUGGCCAGGAAAUCAAAGAUGAGGAUAACGAGUACUAUGAUAUGCUGGUGUCGAAUUCGAAGCAAAAGAAAGCUGGCAGGCAAGCCAGAGCAGAAGCAUACGCCGCGGCCACUAGACAUGGCGCGCAGGUCUAUGAACAAGAACAAGUCGGACCGGACGGCAAGAGAAAGAUCAGUUACGUGAUCGAGAAGAACAAAGGCCUGCAACCGAAGAGGAAGAAGGACGUCCGCAAUCCUCGAGUCAAGAAGAGGAAGAAGUUUGACGAGAAGAUGAAGAAAUUGAGCUCGAUGAGGCCUGUCUACAAGGGCGGCGAGGGCAGAGGAGGGUACGGUGGCGAAGCGACGGGCAUCAAGACAAAUGUGGUCAAAAGUGUCAAAUUGUGA